AUGGAGUCAUUAUAUGAAGAUGAGUGGGUCACCGGCUGGACGUGUGAGUAGCGUAUUCUUCUUCUUACACUCUCUGCCACGCAGGUUCCAGUCUUUUAAACGUAGCAAUUAUCAACCUAACAGUGGAAACUGGUGUAUUUAAUUUGAUUUGUAUAUCCAGAGUUUAUUUGAGCGUACAAUACAGCCAAUUAUGUCAUUACCUGUGUUUUUAUUCUGUCGUCAUUGAUCAUCUUUUUGAAGAAGGGAAUGGUGCUCCAACUCGAAACGACGGGCCUUUUAUUGAAACCGUUGAAGAGAUCUGGCACAGAUUUCAGUGCUGUCAGUCAAAAACUCCUUUGCCUCUGCCACAUUUGGCAUCCUUUUUCUCUGGGGCACUUGUGCAUUCAAGAAAAAAAGAAGUAACCUAAAAAAUGAAAUCAUAAUCUGCUGCCACAGAAAUUCAGCUUUGCUGAAGAUUUUUUAAAGUUUUAAAAGGUGUUUAAAAAAAAAAAAAAGCUAUUUUGAACUUAUCAGACUGUUGCCUUCAUUUUGAAAUGGUUACUCUCAAACAUUGUUUUCACGCUAGUUCCUCAUACAGUGCCUGCAGAAAAAUGUAUAUAGUUCAAGCUAUCUUUCAACAAUAGCAAUAGCACAAUAGCAACAAUAGUAAAAUCUACAAGUUAAUGUAAAAUCAAGAGCAUAAGGCAGGGGUUUCAUAUGCUGUCAUUUUAAAUUCAAAAUGGAGGUGCAUCCUGUGCAUUGGUACAACUACACCAACACAAGUAGCAUGUAUUAUUUACAAUAAAUUAUUUACAAAUAUUUACAAUAGAUACGUUUAUGUUUCAUUGUGUAAAGAAAUGAAUUAGACAUUGUAAUUACCAUGUACUAUUUUAAUAAAUUAAUUUUUUCUCUAGUGUGGACACUGAAGAUGUUCCCCUGAAAGACCUAAGACAUUUGGUGCAAGGCAGUCUGUCUCUCCCUUGAAAGGAGGCACCUCCCCUCUUCUUUCUUCCAAAGUCCCUCAAUCAAAUAAACAUGCUACCUUUACGCUCUUAUGCUUGGAUGUAAUCAUUUGUCCCCAGUUAUCUCAUAAAAUGACCCAGAUGGAACAAAUUUUUUUGUUUAAUUCUGGGCAGGAUAUUUUGUAUUGUUUGUAAGCCAUUUAUUACAAUUAUUUUUGACUGGGGUGGGGGUGGGGGGCUGUGGCUGGCAUAACAUUUUUUAGAGGUGUGUGUGUGUGUGCUUGUCUGCUUACUCCUCAAAUGACAGAUGGGGUUGUAGCAAUUAGCAUGCAAAUAUAUCACAAUUUGGAGAAAAUGGGAAUAAACUUUUUUUUUUUAAUGUAAUUUUAAUUAGGAUCUUUUAUUAUUUACUAAAUGUCUUUUUACUUUUGCAGUCUUUAAAAAAUAAACAAUUAGCUUUCAUUUUAAUUUCACUUCAGCAUUUCAUUCAUUUACAUUUACAUUAUACAACAUCACAGUCACUUAGCAGAUGGUUUUUUUCCCCCAGAGUGACUUGGCGAAGGAAGAUUUAAAAUGUUUAACCUCCAAGAACACACAAACCAAGUCUGUCAGCUUCCCCUUCCUGUAUCCCCUCCACAGCUGUGUUUACAUCAGCCAAUCAUCUGAGAGAAUGUGUUCGGAGAGGGGAGGGAGCCAGGGACAGGAGCCAAGUGAGGGAGACUGAAAGCACAAGAGUUUGAACUGGUGCUGAUUCUUAUGAAUAGAGAGAAGGGAUGUAAUUUCCUUUCAUAAUCCCUACUGCUGCAUUUGUACAUUCAGUCGUUUAGUGUUUGCCAUGUGACGUGCCAGGAAAAAUCCAUUCCUGGUUUUUUUAAAAAAAGAAAGCAAUCAUUGGAAGGGCACAACCAUGUAAUCAGUGUUGUGCAUUAACUUUGUAUCUCCAUUUUUUUUUUUUGUCACUGUGAUUUUUAACACACAUUGAAAAUCUUCAUCCAGCUGUACAGUCAUGCAUUUCAUAACUCAGCUAACUCAACAGCUGAUAACUUGGUUCAAAAUCCCAAGUGAUAAAAGAAUGCUCAUUGGUAAACAGAAAAUAGAAGCAGUUUGUUGUGCUGAUCCUGAGAACUCAAUUUUUGCAGAGAAAAGGGUGUGUAUUUCAUAAUAGCAAAUUUUAAUUUGUUGUCAUCAAUUCGUAUAUUCCAAUAGUCUGCAUGUUAAAUACACUAACACCACUUAUUUUACAGGAUUUAAUUUUGUUACAGCUGUAGCAUCCAGCCACAAAAAUAUCGCUGUCGCGCUUAAGGCUUUGAAGCUAAUCAUUAAAAUUAAUUUCAGUAUCUUUGUCGACCUCUAGGGGCACUUAAGGACAAAUACUCUAUCACCUAUUUAGGAUACCUCAGGCAGCACGGAGUGACAAAAUGUUUUGUGAGAUCAAUAUAUUUUUCAAAUAUGAAUAGCAAAUAAAUAAAUAAAUCUGCUCAUUAAAACGCGCUGCUUUAUUUAUAAGAAUUCCAUAUCGCAUCUAAAAAUAUACUGGGUUACAGUUAUUCUGGCAAACGAAACCUCGCCUUUUAGUCAUAAUGGGAUGACUGAUCAGUGCACGCCUCGCGCUUUGGUAUAGCCAAUAAAUCUCACGUACACGUGUGCAGUGGAAGCUAAAUUUAAGGUGAGCGUAGCCUCACUUUUCAGGCUAUCAAAUAUUAUUAUGGACCAACCAUUCUGUCUACUUGAAGUGGAGAAAGAGGUUCAAGUUGAAGGGGUAGACCGUCUGGGAUAGUGUAAUGUGACGGUGAAUACCAUUUAAGUGGAUAACCCUGCAGAAUGUGCUUUACUUGUUUCAUUAUGAGUCAUUACCGGUUAAUUUAACAGGGCGCUUCAUUAGAGGUGGUGAGGUAACCCACUACACUAUUCGUAUUUAUUUAUUUAUUUAUUUAUUUAUUUAUUUAUUUAUUUAUUUUAAAUCGAUACCUCACACCUGCGUUUAGAGCAUACGUUUCCAGUCUCUACUUACCUCCGACACUGUAGAGGGCACUGAAGUUGGACGGGGGGGGGCGUCUUAUGUAAAACCGAGGGGAAGCCUAUACAUAUGCAUAUUUUCUAUGUACGCUCUAUGGGGCAGACUCAUGAAUUUGUCCACUUGCCGUCCCCAUAAAGGAACGUGCCGGUCAAUCCGUUUACUCCAGAAUUCACAAGCAGAUAGUUUCUUAGGACACCCAUCCAAUCAAACUUUGCAAGCGAAUUUCAAGUGACUUUUUUCCUCUUAUAGAAAAAAAUGGAAAACGGUGUGAGAAAGUCUGAAAGAAAAACAAAAAAUGUCAGGUAUUUUGAGUCAAACAAAAGCGACAGUAAUACAGAAAGUGACAAUGUCUCUGAUUUGGAGAGCGACGAUUCUGACUUUGAUGCGACGUAUGAGGACAGUCUGGAGCCCCAACCGGACUUUGUAGAUGCCGAAGGAUCCGAGACGUCUUGCAUGAGCCCGCCGGUCACUCCGGUGAAGAGGGGACGGCUCACCCCUCCUGUCUCCCCGAGGCCCUCGAAGGGCCACGCCUCUCGAUUCAAACACCGGAGGAGGUCCUCGUCCACGGGGCACGAGGAGGGCAGGUGGAAUUCCAUCACGGACCCUGACGUAGAGCCGCAGGUUCCUCGUUUCUGUCCGGCAAGAAAACCUGGGGUGCAGCUGGACACCACCAAGGACUAUUCCCACCUUGAGCUCUUUCAGCUGUUUUUCGAUCACUCUGUGGUGAAAACGCUGUGCAAGAACACAAACAAAAAUGCGGAGAGGGUGAGGAUCCUGGGCCGGAAGUGUCCGUGGGUCCCGCUGACAGUACCCGAAUGUUACCGCUUUCUCGGGCUGCUCAUCUUCAUGGGACUCUUGAAGGUCUCUGCACUGAAGGAUUACUGGGCUCUUCAUAGAAUCUACAGCCUCCCGUUCUGUCGCACGGUUAUGACAAGAAAACGUUUCGAGGUCAUCAUGUGGACCCUCCACAUGAGCGACCCGGAGGAAGACGAGGAAAACAAAAAGAGGAGGGGGACCCCGGAUUACGAUCGUCUCUUCUACCUGAGACCCCUCCUGGAUUCGGUGGUCCUGUCCUGCAAGGCCUUCUAUCACCCUCGUCAGAAUCUGUCCAUCGACGAGCGCAUGGUUGGAACCAGGGCCAAAAAUAUGCUGAAGCAGCACAUGAAGUCAAAACCAAUCAAGUGGGGGUUCAAGCUUUUUGUGUUGGCUGAUGCUUACAAUGGCUACACCUGCAACUUCAGCAUUUACCAAGGGCGGAGUGGACCGGAGUCAGGCAAAGGCAUCGGCUACAAUUCUGUCAUGAACCUGAUUAAUCUCGCUCAGCUGGGAACGGGCUACCAUCUGUACGUCGACAGUUUUUACACCAGCACCAGGCUCUUUCGCGACUUGUACUGCCUAAAGAUCGGGGCGUGCGGGACCAUCAACGAAAACAGGCAGGGCUUCCCCCGCGCCAGGGAGAACGCUCUGUCCGCGAAGUCUGACAGGGGGGAAAUAAGGUGGAUCCGGGAUAAGGAGCUGCUCUUCGUCAAGUGGAAGGACACUCGACAGGUGGCCAUGUGCACCACCAUACACAAGGUGUACACGGGGGAGCAAACCCUGCGGCGGAUCUUGGCCCCAGGUGGAAAAUGGACCGCAAACUCAGUUCCGAUCCCAACUGCGGUGAGGGCGUACAAUCAGCACAUGGGGGGAGUGGACCUAUCAGACGCGCUCAUUAAAUACUACAGCGUGGCUCACAAAACCAAGAAAUGGUACAAGACCCUUUUCCUCCAUUUUGUGGACAUUGCGGUGGUGAACGCCUUCCUGCUCCAUAAGGACCUGGCGGAGACUCAGAAAACCACGCCCCUCUCGCAGAAGGUGUUCAGAGAGCAGCUGUGCCUGCAGCUGGUGGACUUUGGGGAGGAUGGUCCGGCUCCGGCCCAGGUGCCGGAACAGUCCUUGCCGGUCAAAGCCAAGCGCGCAAAGGAGAAGAAGGUGCAGAAGUCUUGCAUUCCCGUUUGCAUCACAGAAGGGCAAGACAUUCACUACUCUCUCAAGGCCACCAAAGGAAGGAAGUACUGUGUCUUGUGUUCGAAGGAGAAGAAUGGAUUGCAGACCAUCUGGAAAUGUGAGGCCUGCAAUGUGGCCCUGUGUCUGAUCCCAGACAGGAACUGCUUUCGGGAUUGGCACUCCUUGUUAGCGAAAGAGGCUAAAAAGCAGGAGAUGGCUGAGAGAAUUCCACAUUGUUCAAAAAAGUAGUCUUCCAUCAGUCACCUGUUUGCCAUAGAAAGUACAUAUCAAGUGGGAACUGGAUGAUUCUGAGCAUUGUGCAUCUUGGGAACUGUAGUCAUUGAAUUAUUGUCACAUUAGUCACUUAGCAGAUGCUCUUAUCCAGAGUGACUUACAGAUGUGGAGAACAUCACUUUUCAUCUCAGAAAUACAAGAGUGCAGUAUCACCAAGAAGGCUCAUUUACCAACCAAUAAAUACAAAUACAGAUUGCCAUGUUUUUUGUCCCCCAGCCAUCGGAGAAUGUGUUCAGAGAGUGAGGUGGAGAACUGAGCGGUGUUGCCUCUUAAUUGUGUUGUCUGAACUGUUUCUGAUCUGAAAAGAAAAUGGGUGGAUGUGACUUUUUAAAACUUUCCUUGCUCCCAGCUUAUUGCAUGUAUUGUAGUGAAAAGUGCUUACCAGACCACCUCCAUUCCUGGUUUUCCAAAAAAGCCAGUGGAAAUUUCUUUUGGAGGGUAUAGCUGUAGGUAUAGUAUUAAAACUCUCUAUAUUUGACAAUUUGACAACCCCCACCCAAUAUUGUAAUUGUAACUAUGAGUGUUUUAAAAGAAUAGUAAAAUGUACGAAUUCAGAAUUAUUUAUUUGAUAGAGGAUCACAGCGGUUAGUUAUUAUAUUAGAGGAUUAUAGGAUCAUGGCUGAGGCAACAGUGCAAAGAUACAACACAGGAUUGCAUCAUUUAUUAUCAGUAUCUAAUGUGAAAGCAAUUGGAGAACUUCAUAACACAAGAGCACUUUUCUCCAUCAGGUCUUCAACCCUACCUCAUAUUUCAAAAUAUACGUUUAAAACAAGAGCAGACAAGAGUCACACCAGAUUAAAACAAGUGGCAGCUUGUUGGGCAGGGGUACAUGAUGUAUUGAUGUUUGUAGUGAAACCAAUUUAUUGUUACACUGCCAUCGUUGGUAUUUGGUAUCGGUAAAACUGAAUUCUUAAAAUGAACUUUUUUUCUAUGCGAAUGAAAUUAAAGUGAAUUCUGUUCGCCAUGACUGCAGAAUGAACAUAUGUGAUAGUGCUUUAAAGUUUUUCAUAUUUCUGAUGCGCUGGACCAAAUAAACUGAACAAAACCGUU